CUCUUAUAUACUUUCCCCAAAUUCUUUGGAAUACGUUUUCUCCUUAGAUUUAGGCUUUUGUUCGUUAUUUCUUCCUUCUUACAACAAUUUAGCUUAAUUUUAGAAAGAGAUCGAUUACGAUUGUUGAAUCAACUGAAACUGUAGUUCAUGGUUCUUAGGGUAUAGAGAGAAGAAUUUGCUAGAAUGGCGGAAUCGUUUUUUUUUUUUUUGGCUGUGGUGUGUCCUUUGUUUGCUCUUCUCUCUCUGUUACUGUAACGUAAGAAAGCAAAAGACGUCCUUAUUAGUCUUAGGUUUUUGUUUACCAGGCGAAUCGGAAUUGGAUUGUUGCAUCCAUCACUUCUAAUUACUUUGGUUAGUUAGAUGAAUUUAUUUAUUGUUUGAGAGGGACCAUUUUGCUUUCAUUGAAAACCUUAGCUGAAAGGGGACCGUGAUUGGGAUCGAAACCUAACUUACUGUCUCAUUUUGUUAGUUCAAUCUUUAUUGCUGGAGAUAAAAGAGGUUUGUUUCCUUCAUAUUGCUUAAGCUUUUGGUGUCUUUUUCUUUGCACGUAUACUUUUUUAAUUCAAUGUGUAAAUUUGUAGACCACAAUAGCGAGCUUUUUUGGUUUUUGAGGACGUUAGUUAUGAAACUUUCUGCAAGUACAAAGGAUGAAUGAAUGGGUAGGGAAGGGGUUUUGCAGUAAUGAUGGCUAUAGGUUUAAUGACUCGUUAUCGUCUGUGUUUCUUAACAAGUUGUUGGUAAUUCUGGGCUAUCUCAUUGGAGGAAUCUGUGGGUCCUGUUGAAUAAAUGCCACUUAGUUUUUGUGUGAUGGAGAGCACUCAAGGGAGCUAAGAAAAGGAAUACCCUUUCUUUUGCCCUUUUUGCUGGUCUGGGUGAAACAUAGAAAGCUUUCUCUUGCUGACGUUUUUUUGAUAUUCUGGUCUAUGAACUUAACCCACAUCUUGAAUGGACUGCAACAUGGUUUCUUCAUCCCAGUGGGACUGGGAGAAUUUGAUCAUGUCCAAUCCGUCAAAGUCUGGAAAUGAAAAAAAACAGCAAUCUACCGAGUGGGAAUUUGAAAAAGGUGAAGGAAUUGAAUCUAUAAUUCCAGAUUUCUUAGGCUUUGAGCGAGUCAGUAGUGGCUCUGCCACCAGUUUCUGGAACACUGCUGUAUCGAAAAGUUCACAGUCAACCUCUAUCAACUCAUCAUCUCCCGAGGUCAAACAAUGCAAGCUUGCAUCAAAAAGUUCCCCUGGAGAUUCUUGCAGCAACAUAGAUUUUGCCCAGGUGAAGGCAUCCACUGCUCUUGAGGUAUCUGUUGCCUCAGCUGAAUCAGAUCUUUGUUUAAAACUAGGAAAGCGGACAUACUCUGAAGAAUUUUGGGGUAGAAACAAUAAUGACAUUUCAGCGGUUUCCAUGAAGUUGUUGACUCCAUCUGUGGUUGCUCGGAAGAAAUCCAAAUCGUGUGGUCAAAGCAUGCAAGUCCCGCGUUGCCAAAUUGAUGGCUGUGACCUGGAUCUCUCAUCUGCUAAGGAUUAUCAUCGUAAGCAUAGAGUCUGCGAAAAGCAUUCAAAGUUCCCAAAAGUUACCGUGAGAGGCAUAGAACUUCGAUUCUGCCAACAAUGUAGCAGGUUCCAUGCUGUGUCUGAGUUUGAUGAGAAGAAGCGAAGCUGCCGCAAACGUCUUUCUCAUCAUAAUGCAAGGCGUCGCAAGCCACAAGGCUUAUAUCCACUGAAUCCAGAAAGGGUGUACGAUCGGAGACAGCAUACAAGUAUGCUGUGGAAUGGGUUGUCCCUUAACACGAGAUCUGAAGAAACUUAUGCAUGGGGUACCACUUAUGAGACAAAGCCUACACAGAUGGAAAGCGGCUUUACCUUGAGCUUCCAGAGAGGUAAUGGCUCUGAGGAGCAGCUGUUUGCUAGUAGCAGCCGCUCUUUCUCUGUGUUUCAAACCUCGGGCGGAUUAUCAGCAGGGAAACCCAACAUUCAACUUCCGGACAAAGGUCUGGGAGAAUGCUCAGGAGGCCUCCAUGAGACUCAGGAUUUCCACAGUGCUCUCUCUCUUCUGUCAACCUCUUCGGAUCCACGUGGGACCAAACACAAUCCCGUGGUCGAACCACAGCCAAUAUUUGGCACUUUCCCUACUCAUUUCAUAUGAACAAGCAAGAAACACGAAGUCCCUCCAUUAUAAGUCAGGUUGCAUCCGAUGGAGUUUCUUUUCGAAGAAUAAAAUAAAAGCGUGUGUAACGUUUAUUGCUCUAGCUAAACCAGUCACUCGGUUGGCUUAGCUUUUCUUGUACUUUUCCAAACUUAUUAUGUCAACUUCUUCCUGGAUCCGUUUGUAUGCCAACUUCGCUACUCUGUAAGGUGUACGACUGUUUUAAGACCAGUUAAGAGGUCAUUCAGGUUUGUAAUAUUAUUUUACUUCUUUGUAUUGCGAAAACAGCGAGAAUUAUGCAAGACAACUUUCUGAUU